CAAAUUUUAUUUCUUUCUCCUUGUUACAGGAUCGAGGAUAUCGCUAAUCCAAGAAUGAAAAUUACUCAUGAUGAGGAGCGAAUCCGGUCAGUUUCAUUCGAGUCUACAACGGAUACGAUGAGAUAUGCCAUGCACAGAAUAGCUAAAGUUCACUAAUUUAGUUACAGUUUAAUAAGUUGCAAAAUUUAUGUUUUAAAUUAAUGAGGAAAACUGUGUGAAAAUAUCAAGGUGGAAGAAUCAUUUCAGGGAUAUUUCGAUCCUUCCUUCGAGUGCAAUGAUGUGUAUUUUUAGGGUGUCAGUGGUAUUGAUAGUGUUUGAUGUUGAUUAACUUCAGGUAUCAUUUUCUUACAACUCGGCUAUUCAAUCAAGGUUGAGAAGAAAUCAUUUCGAGUGUUUUCUGAUUCAUCCCAGCGUUCAGUGUGUUCUUAUACCGAACUAAAUUCUGAAUCUUUGCUCAGAGGAUACAAUUCAGUUUAUUCUAGAGCAUUUAACCAUUGGUAUUUGGUGCUCUUGCACGUUGCUUCUUUCAAAACAAACAAAAAGAUCUAAUUUAUUUUAAUUUAACCAAAAAAAUGCCGCAGUAUUACAGUAUUACAGCUUCUAAGCUGCCAUCUAUUGUAUUGAGUUUUGAUUUGUCUUUUAUGCUUUAGAAGCCCGACUCUAUCAACUUGAAGCUGAUUUUAGAGGGAAAACUUUAAAUCCCGUUUAUGGAUUCUAUCAAUUCAACCUUUUCAAAUCGUGUAAAAAUGAAAUUAUUAAAAUCCUCACCACGAAAUGCUCAAGCUAUGUCAUUUUUUGCCAAUUAUGAUUUCCAACUCUAAUUUAUUUUUUUUCGCCUUCAUUGUGCUUUCAGUUAUAAACUCAAGUUUGCAGGUUAACUCUUCACUUUUCGAUGCAACCCAAAAUGUUGAACUUGACCUAUUUCUCUGUGUUGAUAAAACAAAGUUAAUUUUUUUAGAGUAUCGAUGCGAUGGCAUUCCCAAUUGUCCUGAUGCCUCUGAUGAACGUUCGUGCAAUUGUCCUACAGGCCAGUUUAGAGCAUCAUCAGGCUACUGUGUUUCAUCUUUGAUAGACUUUGUCCAACAUCGCUAUUGUCAUUCCAAAAAUAAUCGAAGAGCUUGUUUUAAGGUUUGUCAACCCAAAGAGUUUCGUUGUUCCUCUGCAAAAUGCAUCCCACAGAGCAAAGUUUGUGAUGGUUUUGCUGACUGUGAUUAUUCGAUCGACGAAUGGCAUGAUUGUCAACCUCAGGAGAAAAAAAUUUUAAAGCAUAAAUGUGCAGUAGAUGAAUUGCCAUGUUACUUGAAAACUGGAAUCCGUUGUGCAAAAUUUUAUGAGGAGUGUUUUUAUUAUCACCAAUGUGAAGUUGACGGUUGCGAUCCGAAUUUCAGUUGUCCAAAAAAAUUAGAUUGGAGAUGCUUUGGUGGUCCUUGUGUGACAAAAAAAUCUCUGAAUGAUGAUAAAGCGGACUGUAUAGGUGGAGCUGAUGAAACUCCGAAUGCUGCCCGAUGGAAAAAAGGGCUAAAGCCAUCAAUCGAUUCUAAACUAGGUGUUAGUAUUGAAGCUUCUUCAGCAGUGUAUAAAUUCGCCAAAUAUAUACUUUCACUGUUUCUAAUUUGCGCUAUUGGUGUUCAACUGUACAUGUUGAAAAACAACUCUUCAAGUCGAUUCAAACGUCGUUCCUCUAAAAAAUGAAUCCAACUGAGUAUCUCACCUAAAGUAGAUGCUGAUGACAUUGUCAGGAUAAUUGAAAUCACAAAGUAAAAUCUCAUCCAACCGCAACAAAAAUCUGAAGCAAUAUGGUUUAAAAUUUGAAAUAUUAUCAGCAAGAAACAAUAAUGUUAUUAAAUAACAAGAGACAGUAAAUUUUUGCUCCAAUAACAGCCGUUGAUUGAAUUUAAUCAAAUUGUCCUCCUUUGAUGUAAACCCUGAUUCUUGAUUGACUUGGUUUUAAAAGAAAUAAACCUGGCAAAAGCAAAAAGAAGCAGAAUCUUGAUCAUCUCACAGCUAAUCACCAUGUACAAUCUGCACAAAUCUCUCAUCAACAAUUGAUUCACCGAUGAUUCAAUUCACUGUCGCCAUUGCAAUCGAUUUCUCACCCAGUUCCAUUUAAAAUGAUAACGAGACUAACCUACAAAAUGCAAGACACUUUCAACACUUGGCAAUAAUUAAUAAUUCAAUGAAAAGAUAUUGAAUUCAGAACAUUUCAAGGCCUUCAAAUGUAACAGUUAAUUUCCAGCUCAACAAUACUUUUAAGAUGAUAUUUUUAUUUCCAUAGCAACUGAAGUAAACACUUAAACCUGAUUUCGCCAACUAACCGCAAUUAAACAACAAUCUUUAUGUCAAACCAAUUAAAUGGUUGUUUACAUCAUCCUCUGUUUAUCUUGAUUCACUGUUCAUCUCAUCCCAUUAAUCAAGUCAAUAAUUGAAACAAUUCCUUGGUUUCCUUCUUAUUUCAACUGAUAGUUUAAAGUUUCAUUAUCAUGAUUAUUUCAGUUUCACUCAUUAUUUACUAUUACAUUGUCAACGUUGAAACAUUUGUUACCAUUGUUUAAUUAAAGUUACAAGAACCGGAAA